UCCGUGCUUUAGACGAAUUAUAUAUACGCGCUCUGUGCCUAUGCUGUUUCAUCGCCGAAUUCGGGCGAGGUAUUUUUUGAAUAGUGUAUUUUACUCAUUUUCUUGUUAUUUGAAAAUGCAUUCAGCGUUGCAAUGAUUCUUCUAGUAAUGCACAAAUUUUGGAUUGGCAUUGUGUUAAAUGCCAUCCUAAAGUGUAAUCUCAAUGAAUUAUGGAGGUGGACCCUGAAUCGGACAGUGGAGACGAGAGUAAACUCCCGUUUUUCUCAGUUUUUCAAAGGGAAUUUAGAGGGUGGAAGGAGAGGGUAGCCAAUGCUUUGGAAGAUGAAUUUGAUUCUACAUUUGAAGGAGUUCGACCUAUAUGCUGUGAUCCUCCGGACUCUUCAGUGUGUCCAACAGAUAGUGAUAAUGACGAUAUUCCACUAAUUAAUCGCUUGAAAAAUGAAAAGGUUGAUGAUAGUAUAAGUACGAAGAGAACAAGAAAAACAAGAAAGCGUGCAAAAGAGAAGACAGGCCCUACUACCAGGGUAGAACCAGCGGCUGCCAGUGAGGUGGUGAUUUUGUCUUCAGAUGAUGACAAAGAUGUUGAUGAUGUGCAAUAUUGUGAAUCAAAAAGCAGUAAUACUCACAUUUUAAACACAAGUAGUGCAGAUUUAAAUGAAACUGAAUCUAUAGAUUUGACAUUGGAUGAUAUUGAGGAAGAUGAAGACACUCUGCAUCAGACAUUUUCAAUUGUCUUUGAAGAGCUUGCAAGCAAAGAAAAUGUGCCUGUUGACAAGAUCCUGCUAAUUUUACGUGACAAAAUAUUCAUAUCAAAAGAUGACUCUCCAGAAUCUCUGAAUAUCUCUGUUGUUGAUUUAAUAGAAGGGGGUAUAACCAAAGAAGCUCACAAAAAUAUCUCCAAUAGGAAGGAAACAAAAAAGAACCUGCUGGAAUUCAAAUGUGUAUUGAAGGACAGGAAGAAACCUCUCCUGGUCUCCAUUAGGAAAUCUGACAGUAUGCACUGUUUGAUGGAGAAGGCAUCUGAACUUUUGGAAUGCUCUUUAGAGAAACUGAAAUUCAAAUUUGAAGGAGAGGAAUUGGAGGGCAGAGCCACUCCAGAGGAAUUAGAAUUGGAAGGUGGUGAAGUGAUUGAAGUGUUUAUCAAAAGUUGAGUGUGUGACAAUAUUUUACCUCACUGGUUUUAACUUGAUGUGUACUACCAGCUUCUUUUAGUAAAGGUAACUGAAGAUUACAAAUUGUUAAAUAGUCUGCAAUAAAUUGCUAAGAAAAUCAUGUUAAAGCGAGUCUUGUUGCAACACAGUUAAACAGUAGACUUGAGUCAGUAUUAUAACUGUUAUUUUUUAUGUACAUUUAAAAAAUAAUUGUUCUGGAUUUUAAAAUCAUUUGUACAAAAUUGUAUUUUCUGUUCUUUUGAUAAUGGAGUUUAUGAGUAUCAUUGUAGUAUACACUUAAUAUUUGUUGAUUCAUUUAUUGAAUGCAUGUGUAGGAUAAUUUAUAUGUACUCUAAAAUUGAUCCCGUAAUACCUUAAUUGAAUGACAAAUCUAUCUUGUAAGUUAUGAGGUACUUGAAGAAUUUGUAAUAAUUUGCUUUAAGCGUACAACAUUUUUAUUUUCAGUAUACAAAGGAAUACAAAAUAUUCUAUGCUCAUUAUACCUAGUUACUAAUUUGAGCAUUGCCAUAUUAUGCAAGGCAUUACCAGGAUUCUCGUAUGUAUUUUGUAAUGUUUAAUACCUGUCAUGCCUCAGGAGGUACAAAGGUGUUCCACGAAAUAGAAUUUAUUCUCAGCCAUCUACAUUUACUGACAUUGUAAGACUGACUUCUUAAAUCCUUGUACUUCUGAAUAAAAUGAGUAUUCCUCUACAACUUGCAACAAGGCACGUUGAACACUUAGAAGUCAGCUGUUAGAUCUGGCUUUGUUUUGUAUUGAAUUGAAUUGUUAUUUUUUGUUCUUAUUUGUAAAUACAGUUUUUUAAAAUACUGAGCAUAAA